CCGUGCUGUUCAUUUGUGCAGCACCAUGGCUGGACGAAUUGGAGCCUUCUUGAAGAACGCCUGGGCCAAGGAGCCAGUGAUCACAGUUUCAUGUGCAAUUGGACUAAUGGCGGUUAUCUUGCCUAUAGUGAGUCCUUAUAGAAAAUAUUCUGGAAUGAUCAACGAAGCUGUUCCAUACAACUACCCAGUUCCGGUCAGAGAUGAUGGAAAUAUGCCUGAUGUCCCAAGUCACCCAUGUGAUCCCCAGGGACGCAGCCUCGAAUGGCUCAAAAACUUUUAACACCCAGAACCAUUCCUGUACAUACCACACUCUCCUGCUUGUUCUUGCUGGCUGCUGUUGAACAUAAUCAAUAAAAAUCUUUAUUUAAUUACA